GAUCAGCGUGCUAGCCUACAUGUGCCUCAUAGUCCCCUCACUGCACGUUCGUACGACUUCUCCGCUCACAGUAUUUAAUUUGAUUGCCUAUACGAGAGUUCAACUUACGUUCCAUUCCAAACAACGCAACAAUUAUACGAAUACGCGGCUCUGUUUGUGCUGCGAACCAUAGCUCGUAUCUUUUUUUUGCUUCUUGACGCUCGCUGUUCAUAUUGCCUUUAUCCUUUAUUGUAGUUGCAAGCCUCGAUUGCGUCUGCACACAUCACAACAAAGUUUGCGGAACCCUGCCCGCGUCGGAACUGGAGCGCGACGGCUAUGGAAGAAGACCCUUCGAAGGCGAACGCGGCACCACCUCCGCUGCAUAUCUACCGCCCCAUCCCGCGUCGCAACUUCGAAUCCAACUACGACACGGCCGAUUCGCCCACACACGCCUUCUCGCAAUCCACGCCUCCAAGCGCGACUGAGAAUCGGAGAUCAUCCGACUUCCUCGCUCAGCUGAACGCUCGCUUGCUGGGAACAUUCAACUCUCGCGAUGACGACUCGGACGACCAGGAGAGAGACAGGGGUCCUCCGCAGCGGAACAAGAGUUACUUGAACAUGACGAGUAGCACUCUGUCCGGAAUAUACGAUGAGACGGGUGUCAACACAGCUGGCGAAUUGAGCACGGCGGAAACGCCAUGGGGAACUGGUGCCGAGACACCCGCACACACAGCCAUGGGCCUCCAAUCCUGGGAAACCGGUAUGGGAAGCCCUGAUGGCGGAAUGGCCUUGAAGAACCAGGCCAGGAAAGGGUCAAAUAUGGGCAAAGCUGAAGGACGACAAAGGAGUCGCUCAAUCAAACAGCCGCGCCGCGGUGUAUGGAAAUACUCUGUGAUUGCAGGAAAGCUUGUAGCGUUGUACGUCUUCGGUGUCAUCUACGGAGUCAUUGUCUCGCAUCUUCACGAGACGAGGCAACUGGCAGCUGUACACGUUGAAGGUGUCGAUCGCAAGAGUCAGGCAUACCUUGUCUCCUGGGGGUUAUUCGGAGUUGCUCUAGGAAGUUUGCUACCAUACGUUGAUCUCUUGUGGGAUGCGCAGCGGAAAGAGAGCCAGAUGGAAGACAAGGAGGCAGAGACACAUGAUUCACCCAUUAGUGAGCAGAUCAACGAUGUGGUGAGGAGUGUGGCAGCCUUUGUAGGGAUUGCAUUUGCCAUUCGUCGUCUCCCCUGGCAAUCAACCCUCCAACUGACCUUGACUCUGGCCCUCGUGAACCCCGCCCUAUGGUAUAUACUGGAUCGCUCGAAACCCGGCCUUUCCGUCUCACUCACCGUCACGUCGAUUCUCACCUCUUUCAUAUUCCUGUCCAAUCCAGAUGUUCUUCCCUCGCCGUCUCUACCAUCCACCACAAACGCCACACAAGUCCCAUCCAUUGGCAGCCAUACGCACACAAAAGGAAGACCAGCUCCAGUUGUUACACCAGAACUGUUUGCUGGUAUGGUCAGCUACGAGAACCUAGCUGUCGUUACGUGGGUUGGCAGUGUCCUGUUUUGUAGUUGUGUUUGCUUUGGGAGUAUAGGCAGGAGAUUGGCUGUGCUGGAAGAGAGUGGGUGGAAGAGGUGAUGUUCCUUGGUUGAAAACUAUAGAUAAUUGAGGGAUUAUAUUGGAUAUUGUUGCACAACUAUGGUGCUGCUUUGUCGGAUAGGUUUGCGGACGGUUUGGGGCGUCCGGUCAAAAUUGAAGCUAUUGAUCCUAUGUUGGACAUCUCUGGAUUCCGGUUUCAUUCCUCAUUGGUAUAUGCUGACCUUUG